GGGAGCAAGAGGAGCGGGAGGCCGCCGCCGGCUGCUUUGGGUGUUAGAGCUGGAGAAAGCACACGGCAGCUGUGUUCCCGUUGUCACAGAGCUGCAGAGUCCUGUAGGGACGACGCGGGACCGAGCCAAAGGGGCCAAGGGCUGUCACUUCCCAACUGGCAUGCCUUCAUGCCGCUGGCUUUCCCAAGGUGCUUCCCAGGCAUUCAAAGAGGAGAAGAAAUUAUCCCAGCAUGAAGGAGCAGAUGGAGCUAAGGCGAGCACAGAAUCUGCUUCAGCCAAGCCACUGAGUCCUGUUGCAGAAACAUUCAGAGUCAUUCAGGGGGCGAUGAGUGAAGAGUACGUGAGAACUACCCAGGGUGUCUUUCAGUUUGAGUUAUCUGGUGAGGAAGGAGGCACUUGGUAUAUUGACCUGAAAACCAAGGGUGGGAGUGCCGGUUUCGGAAAGCCUCCUGUGACGGCUGACGUGGUUAUGAGCAUGUCGAGUGCCGACUUUGUGAAAAUGUUCACAGUACAGUUUCAGCUCCUCGUCUGGGUGUUUUUCCCCGUUUUGAGCCGACCCGGGAGCGCUCCGGCGGCCGGCAGAGGGAGCAGUCCGCACACGGGAGGGUCCGGCCGUGCCCCUGCGGCGACAGACCCGGGGACACUGUCACCCCCAGGACCCCGGGCACCGCAAAAGGCGCUUGUGCUGCCAGGCUUGCAGCAGGCUCGCUAAAGGACUUGUCUCUCACGUCCCUUGCCUCGCCUCUGGUACAAGUCCCCGCUACAGAGCAGGAGUGAGGGUGUACUUCUUGGUGACAGAGCACCAGGACUCAUCAUACUUACUUCUCCCAGCAAAAUAAUCGGAACCACAUGGCACGGCCAUCAACUCUCAGAACACACCUUUUCAUCAAUGGUUAAAGUUUUAGCAGGUUGGGGGAUAACUACCACAUCAUUAUCUUCAGUUGUAAUCUUUGCCCUAAUGGUGUAUGUGUGAGAUACAGUAUGGGGAGAAUAAAUAGCAUAAAGCCCGUGUGCAGUGUUCUGGAUUUCUUCCUAGACAUAUAAUUCAUACUCCCUAAAAAUAUUUUGUCCAGAAGCAUGUUGUCAGCUACUUCUUUAUAAGCUAAAAGCUUACAAUUUCUGCUAAACAAUUAAAUGUGAUACAGGAGAAUUUUGUGAUCCAGAGUUUACUGUAAGAGCAGAGUGCCUGAGGUCACAUGUAUUCACUGAAACUCAGAUCUCUCAAACUCUUAAGUUUAACAGGCCAAAAAUGGAGGGAAUAAUUUACCUUACCCAACGCUGGGAGGAAACAAGCCCAGCUGGCUCACUUCGUUAUUUUCUUUGCCAGAGGAAUAAAUGCUCCUGUGAUGGUGAC